AUGGGACACGGCCAUAGUUUCAAGUUUGAGGAGGCCAACAUCCUCCCAAGACGGUACAACUGCGUGAGCCGCGAGCUGCUCGAGUCAAGGUUCGCAGGCCCCCAGUCCAUCAACGAGCGCAGCGAUUUGGAGUUCCCAUACUGUGUACUGAGGCCUUGUCUGAGCAGGAGAAUCAGUCACGUGGGAAGGGUCGGCUCCAGCAAAAACUCUGACGAAAGCGAGCAUAAUGGUCGCGCAAUUACCAAGCCCGCAUCCAACACGGACAUGGAAAUCACGGCAUUUAAUAAGUCUAACGCGGAGUGUCAAGCCAUCACCGCAUCAAUUAGGACCCAAACGGUGGCUAUAGGCGUUGAUAAUUAUAGUACUUACGCGGAUGUCCGCUACGAAGUAUAA